CCAUGUGCACUAACCACCCAUUUUGUGGUGACGCUGAAGUGUCACAAAAUUAUGAUGGCUUAUUGAAUCAACAUUCAGCCAGGGUUGAUUUAGAGGGUAUUUGAGGAGAGGAUCGAUGGAUUAGAGGUUUUUUUUAUAAAAGUAUACAUAAAUCAAUUACAAAUUUUAUUUUACUUUUUGCCUAUUUUCUUUUUAUCAAAUACACUUUUCACCCCAUUUCCUCUCUUUCCCAUCAUUAUCAUCCCCUCCCAAUGCACACCCUGAACAUAGUUCUACUUCCACUACCAAACACAAAGAAGUGAAGAACACACCAUGAUAGUGGAUUUCACAAGUCUGAUUCUUGCUCUCAUCAUACUUUGCUGCUUUGCUCAGUACUGCAGUUCAUCCAACGAUACCAUCACAGCAGACCAAUUCAUCAGAGACCCUCACACUCUGACCUCAGCUAACAGUUUCUUCAAGUUAGGAUUCUUCAGCCCUCAAAAUUCGUCAAAUCGCUACGUGGGAAUCUGGUAUCUCUCGGAGUCUAAUAUCAUAUGGGUAGCUAACAGAAACCACCCACUAACGAACAACUCUUCCGGGGUUGUUCAAAUUUCUACAGAUGGCAAUCUUUUGGUAUUAGAUCAUAGCAAGAAAAGGGUUAUUUGGUCAUCAAAUUUGACACAUGUUGCAACCAAUUCAAGUGCCAAACUUUUUGACACAGGAAAUCUGAUCCUGUUAGAUGGUGCCUCGGGACGAAGUAGUUGGGAGAGUUUCCAACAUCCUUGUCAUGCCUUCGUGCCAAAGAUGAAACUUAGUACUACUAACCCAAAAACAGGUGAGAAAGUACGCAUAACAUCGUGGAAAACUCCCUCUGAUCCUUCUAUUGGAUACUAUUCUGCUACUCUUGAACACCCCAACAUGCCUGAACUGUUUUACUGGUUUAAUAAAACGCGACCGUAUCAUCGGACCGGUCCAUGGGAUGGUCAGAGUUUCAUUGGCUCGCCUAGGUUGUUUCCUGGUUAUGCAUAUAGAUGGAGUAUAAUGACUGAAGCUGACGAAACCGUUUAUCUUUCUUUUGAUUUCCGAAGUGAACCUUACUUUGUAAUCGCGAGCUUGAAUCCACAGGGCGAUCUUGCUAUCGCAUUGUGGAUCCAUGAAAAGUUAGUGGGGAGGGUGCUGUUGGAACGAACCUCGUGCGAUCUUUAUGGCUACUGUGGGGCAUUUGGAAGCUGCAAUAAGCAGAGUUCUCCAACAUGCACCUGCUUGAGUGGUUAUAAGCCCAAAAAUGUAGAGGAGUGGAAUACAAAAAAUUGGACUAGUGGGUGUGUAAGGAGUGAGCCACUGCACUGUGGGGGACACACAAAUGGGAGUGAAAUUAGCAAUGACGACGGGUUUUUGAAACUUGAGAAUGUGAAAGUGCCAGAUUUCGUACAUAGAUCAACUUCUUUGGGAGAUGAGUGCAGAGAAGAAUGUUUGAGGAAUUGUUCUUGCGUGGCCUACGCAUAUGACAGUGGUGGCAUUGGAUGCAUGGUUUGGAGUGGGGACUUGAUCGACAUACAAAAAUUCUCAAGCGGAGGGGUUGAUCUUUACAUUCGUGUGCCACCUUCGGAACUUGAAAAACAUUCCGGUAAAAGAAGACACAGGAUAGUAAUGAUUCCAGCUGUAGUAACUGUAGGAAUGAUUGCCUUGGCUGUCUGUGUUUAUCUCUCAUGGAAAUGGAUUGCUAAACCAGCAGGAAAAAUAUAUUUACAAAGACAGAGAACGAAUGAAGAUCAAGAACAAGUUAAAUUGAAUGAUCCGUUGCCACUUUUUAAUUUCGAAGAACUUGUAAAUGCUACAAACAAUUUUGACUCAGCCAACGCGCUUGGCAAAGGAGGUUUUGGUACAGUAUAUAAGGGACAAUUGAAAGGUGGACAGGAAAUAGCAGUGAAAAGACUUUCAAAAAAAUCUGGCCAGGGGUUAGAAGAAUGUAUGAAUGAGGUAUUAGUGAUUUCAAAGCUUCAACAUCGAAAUCUUGUCAGACUUCUCGGUUGUUGUAUUGAACAGGAGGAAAAUAUGUUGGUAUACGAGUACAUGCCUAACAAGAGUUUGGACGCAAUAUUGUUUGCUUCUUCUACAGAUCCAGUAAAAAAGAAGAAUCUAGAUUGGCCAAAACGUUUUAAAAUAAUUGAAGGAAUUUCUAGAGGUUUGCUUUAUCUUCACAGAGAUUCAAGAUUAAAAAUUAUACACAGAGAUUUAAAGGUUAGUAACAUCUUGUUAGAUGAAGAGUUCAAUCCAAAAAUAUCAGAUUUUGGCAUGGCCAGAAUCUUUGGAGGCAAUGAUAUACAAGCAAAUACCGAAAGGGUUGUUGGAACAUUUGGUUAUAUGCCUCCAGAAUAUGCAUUUCAAGGAUUGGUUUCUGAGAAAUUGGAUGUCUUUAGCUUUGGAGUGUUAUUGUUAGAGAUUAUUAGUGGGAGAAAAAUCACCGGGUAUUACGAUCAUGACCAACCAUUGAGUCUCUUAGGACUUGCUUGGAAAUUAUGGAAUGAAAAGGACAUCCAAUCCCUGAUAGACCUUGAAAUAUCUAAUCUAAAUAAUGUGAAUGACAUUGUGAGAUGCAUACACAUCGGGCUUCUUUGUUCGCAAGAACUUGCAAAAGAAAGACCAAUUAUGGCUACAGUAAUUUCAAUGCUUAAUAGUGAAUUUGUCAAUCUUCCUCCCCCAUCAAAUCCUGCAUUCCUCGAAAGGCAAAUUGUAUCAUGUUCAGAUUCAUCUCAGCAAAACUACAUCACAUACUCCGUCAACAAUGUUACUGUCACAAACAUACAUGGUAGAUAGCAAAUUAUGAGAAUAACUAUGGCUGAAUAUACCCCUGAACAUCUUCAAUUUAUAAAGACUGUUGACGAACCAGACAGAUCCUACAUUGUUAUUUUUUGUCAGAAACUGUGAACUUGAUCGAUUUUAA